GCAUGGGCCACAGAUGGCUGUUUUGCAUGAGUCAGCGGCCAUGGAGUCCGUUUGCCAAACAUGGGCUCAGCAAAAAGGCUUGGACGAAGCAUGCGUCAACAAGCUCCUGGAGCUGACACCUGACAUGAUGGCAACUGUCAUGGAAGGGUUCUCACCCAAACCUGGCACCAUGAACGCUUCUGGCCUUUUCAUGGGCUACGUUCGCUCCAUUCAGCAAGCUCAACAUGGUGCCAAAGGAAAGGGCAAAGCUCCAGCUCCAGCCAUGGUAACCCCAGAGUUGCAGGGAGAGGUUGCUCAGUUCGUCAGCCAAUGGGGGCUAGAUGAAGAGUGCACCAAUGUGCUCUUGGAGCAGAGACCGCAGGUUCCAGAGCUGGCAUCCAGCAGAGAUGAGCUGCUUGAAGCAUUUGGAAACGUGAAGGUUCAGCUCGAAUCUGGCAUUGACGAAGCAUCCGCAUUCUUCCGAUUGACCAAAGAAUGGCGCAGCUUUCGAGACUACAGCCAGAAUCCCACAGGUCAACAAGAUCUCGUCUUUGAACAUGGAUUUAUUGGCAAGCUGAGCCGGUCCAUGUGGCGUUCCAAAUUUCAAAUGAUGCCAGAAAUCCUCCAGAAGGAUGUGGCUUUUCCCAUCCUCACACUCGGAAACAACGGAACAGGAACAAGCAUGCAUCAGCAUGAGGGCACUUGGCUUUUGCUGAUGACUGGACUCAAAGCCUGGUGGAUUGCGGAUGGAACAACGCGCACAAGAUCCUUUGGGCAGCGAGACCCGUGUCAAAACCUGGGAACCAGUCUCAAUGAUCUGCCGGAAGGGUUCCAGUUCUGUGUUCAAAAGGCAGGAGAACUGGUGUAUUUCCCGGACAAUUCCUAUCAUGCCACUUGCAAUAUGGACACCUUUGUUUGGGGCCUUGGAUCACAAAGCAGCAAUGCUGAUUGGCCAUUUUUCGUGAAAACAGCAAGUCUUGGCGAUAUUUCCGUGAUAGGAAAGAAGUUGAAGAAGAACUCAAUGCGAAAGACCAUACGAAGAGCAAUAUAUGCUGCCGCAUUGCAGCGUGCCUUGGGAUUUGGACAUCGUGCAGUUGCUGAUAAGCUACCAAGCUGA